UGGUUUUGGUUGAGUUCGGUUUUGUUUAUUCGAUAUACAUAUACAGCAUGGUCGGCUCUCGGUCCUUAAAUAAAAACAAACUAAUGUAAUGUAAAGUUUGUGGUCACUACUAUUUGCUACCCUUAUCCAAAUAUAGUGCAAAGUCCCGCGGAAAUACGAAAAGAAUAAAGUUCAAUUCAAUUCUGUUAGAGCUGGGAAUCUCAACCAUAUCACGAAUUCAUACUAAAACCUACUUUAUAUACGAUAGUAUAUGUAUAUGUAUUUACAUACUUGGCUUACACAAAUGCGUUAUUUGCACAAAACCUUGUGAUAUUGAGGUCAAGAUCUGAGGAGAAAAGUAUACGAUUUUCAGAUGGCUUCCAACCCAACAAAGAAAGGCAAAUCCUCUGGUUUGCGCAUAUUGUGGAUACCGGGUCGAAAGUCGCAUUCGAAGGGUCGUUAUAGUACGACCAGCAAGCACAUCUCGUACUCGAGUCCUCAGAAAAAGAGCGAAGUGUGGUCUUUGGGAGGCAGCAAGGCACAGUCCGAGCUGAUUGACUUACCCUCUCCCGAUUUGUCCGGCAACUCACCUUCUUCAUCGUUAAGCAUUGUGGCCACCUGUUCGAUGGUUCAAGGGGCAAAUAGCGCCAGGGAGUCCUCUGAUGACUUGGCUAUCGUUUCGGAUGCUGCCACUCUGCCAGCCACGCCAGUGAGCACCAACUCACCGAUCCUGAAAAGUCCGACUUCUGAGACUGCAUCGGCAUCUACCAGAGUCAUGACUUCGCCAAAUGUUAUUACCACCGUGGUAAUACAAGACUUGCACAAUUUGAUGGGCCCGGAUGACUUGCCCAAAGUGCCAACUGCUGCAACAGGAAGCGGCGACACCGAGGUGGUGCUAAACAGCUCGGCGGGAACCACAGCCUCGAUAGCCACGACCUCGUCGCCAAUGACCAACCACAAGUCGGGAUCACCGACCACGUCCAAUUCCCAACAGACCACGCCACAGAAAAAUAGAUAUAAGAAUCACAAUAAUAAUCAGGAGGACAUAAACUCCAUUGAGAGCAUUUCCAGUUUCCCAAGAUGCCCGGCAAACGCCACGGACUUCGAUUGGAUCGAUGAUAUGGUGCAGCAGCGAAACUGCAACGAACUGAUGCAUAAGAAUAAGCGCAAGAAGUCUAAGAAAGUCGAUGGCCUGGAAGCCGAUCAACUGGACGGCAAAAUCUUUGGCUACGAAAACAAUGACAAGGCCAAAUUGAAUGGCAAGGGCGACGAUGACAACGACGAAAAGGUUGUCAAAUGCCUAUACUACUCUUUAAUGUGCUGCGACUGUACAAUAUCGUAGGUUAUAGGCGGUCGUAUAAACGAAAAAGCGUCCAUGUAAAAUACCUCUCAACCACCUAUGUAAAAAUAUAUUCGACUUUUUUGUACUUUAGCAUAAGCAUUGUACGCCGACAUAUAAGACGAAAGCGAAAACAGAAGUAUUACCGAAUUUAUAAUGAUUUACAUGGAACUAACAUUAUAAACAUUCGAAUAAAUGUCGAAUUCCAAAACCAAUUACAAUCAUUUGUGGUCGACUCUCUUGGUUUGCAUUUAAAUAAGCGAUCGACGCAUAUGUAUAAUAAAUAUGUAGAUAUUUUCUAUUUUUGUAAAUAAAAUAUUUUCUACGAACGAA